AUGUUUAGUCAUUCAUCAAGAUUCAGUACAGGUCAGACAACUGGUACAGGAGAGGAAAGUUACAUAGGUAACGUAUGUGGCAAAGCCUUUGACCACCAGCAACUGCAUACUGGACAGAAACCUUACGAAGGUGAAGAGUGUGGCAAGAGCUUUAAAUUGUGCCCAACCCUUACUCAACAUAAGUUAACUCAUAUUGGAGAGAAACCUUACCAAUGUAAAGAAUGUGGCAGUGUCUUUAACCAGUUCUCAACCCUUCCAGGAUAUCAAAGAAUUCAUACUGGAGAGAAAAUGUACCAAGAUAAACAAGAUGGCAAGUCCUUUACCCGGCCCUCAUCCCUUACAAGACAUCAAACAAUUCAUACUGCAGAGACACCUUCCAAAGGUAAACGAUGUCAUAAGACCUUUAGGCAUCAUUCACAAGUUUCUGAACAUCACAGGAUUCAUACUGAGGAGAAACCUUAUCAAUGCAAAGAGUGUGGCAAGGCCUUUAACUGGCGCACAGCCCUUAGGAGACAUCACAGAAUCCAUACUGGAGAGAAAUCUUACCAAUGUAACGAAUGUGGCAAGGUCUUUGGGUACCUCUCAACCUUUACACAACAUCGCAAAAUUCAUACUGGAGUGAACCCUUACAAAUGUAAACAAUGUGGCAAGGCCUUUCGGUACUUGUCAAACUGUAUAAAACAUUGCAGAAUUCAUACUGGAGUGAAACCUUAUAAAUGUAAAGAAUGUGGUAAAGCCUUUAACCGGCUCUCAGCCCUCAAGACACAUCACAGAAUUCAUAGUGGAGGGAAACCUUACCAAUGUAAACAAUGUGGCAAGGCCUUUACCCGGCCCUCAGCCCUUACAAAGCAUUCCAGAAUUCAUACUGGAGAGAAACCUUACCAAUGUAAAGAAUGCGGCAAGGCCUUUUCCCGGGCCUCAGUCCUUACAGAACAUCACAGAAUUCAUACUGGACAGAAACCUUACCAAUGUAAAGAAUGUGGUAAAGCCUUUAACCGGCUCUCAGCCCUUAAGACGCAUCGCAGAAUUCAUACUGGAGUGAAACCUUACCAGUGUAAAGAAUGUGGCAAGGCCUUUUUCCGCCAGGAACAUCUUGAUGUACAUCACAGAGUCCAUACUGGACAGAAACCUUACCAAUGUAAAGAAUGUGGCAAGGCUUUUGGGUUCGUCUCAAACUUUAUACAACAUCGCAGAAUUCAUACUGGAGUGAAACCUUACAAAUGUAAAGAAUGUGGCAAGGCCUUUUCCCGCCAGGCAUAUCUUAAUGUACAUCAGAGCAUCCAUGUUGGAGAGAAACCUUACCAAUGUAAAGAGUGUGGCAAGGCCUUUAAAGGGCACUCAGGACAUACUCGACAUCACAAAAUUCACAGUGGAGAGAAACCUUACCAAUGUAAAGAAUGUGGCAAGGCCUUUAACAAGCAAUCAUCCCUUAGACAACAUGAGGGAAUUCAUACUGGACAGAAACCUUACCAAUGUAAAGAAUGUGGCAAAGCUUUUAACUGGCAAUCGGCCCUUAAGAGACAUCACAGAAUUCAUAGUGGAGAGAAACCUUACCAGUGUAAAGAAUGUGGCAAGGCCUUUUCCCGCCAGGAACAUCUUGACAUGCAUCACAGAGUCCAUACCGGACAGAAACCUUACCAAUGUAAAGAAUGUGGCAAGGCCUUUUCCCGCCAAGCACAUCUUAGUGUACAUCACAGAAUUCAUACUGGAGAGAAACAUUACCAAUGUAAGGAAUGUGGCAAGGCGUUUAAAGGGCACUCAGAACUUACUCGACAUCACAAAAUUCACAGUGGAGAGAAACCUUACCAAUGUAAAGAAUGUGGCAAAGCCUUUAACUGUCAUUCGGCCCUUAAGAGACAUCACAGAAUUCACAGUGGAGAGAAACCUUACCAAUGCAAAGAAUGUGGCAAGGCCUUUACGCAUCACUCAAGCCUUACCAACCAUCACAAAAUUCAUACUGGAGAUUGACCUUACCAAUGUAAUGAAUGUGGC